AUGGAUGAUGGAUACAGAUACUACAUGUCGGUAUCGCACCUAAACUUACAACAAUCGACAUCUAUAUCACCUCGAAAUUCCGAUAUUGUUCAAUUUCAAGGCAACCCCCCAUUCUGUUCAUCAUCUCGAUUUAACGUGCUUGAUCUUGACUGCCCAAGCGCUUCUCAAAUCCUUGUCAACACUUUCGAAAGGGAGCUUUUCGGUCACCAGCGCUCUUAUCUCCCUUCCGGUGCCCCUGUCAGUUACCGUUGCCAGCAAAAGUUCCUUCGCCAAAUCUCCAACUAUCUUCGCGAUAUGCGCCACGGGCCACUCAAUAGACGUCGGUUCUUGGUGUGCGUGCGGUUUUUAGCCAUAGGACUCGGCGACCCAGAUUCGAAUUUCGACGAAAUCAGUGACGACGAUGAGAUGGGUGAGGAGGAGGAUGUAUGGGAGUUCAUGGACGUCAAUAGGGAUGAUCAGGAAGAUCAGUGGGCGUCCACAGAAGCUAAUUUGGGUGAGCUGAGGAUUAGAAUGGAGAGACUGGAAGAGAGAAUGGAGAUCAUAAGGGAAUCCAUGGAAACGUACAGGGUUAAGUUUGUGGGUGCUGCAAGAUCAUCGGUGAUGGCGUUGGAGAAGGUGACGAUUGAUGAGAAAGAGUUGGAUGGGGAACAGUGCGUGAUUUGCAUGGAAGAGUUUGUGGAGAAGAAAGAGAAGGUUACACGGAUGCCUUGUCACCAUAUUUUUCAUAGAGAUUGUAUUGUUAAGUGGCUGAAUAACAGUCACAUGUGCCCACUUUGCCGCUAUGCAAUGCCAGUUGAAGUUGAUUCAUCCCAACCUAAUUAUCUUCCUCACUGA